CCGCAAUGGGGUCACGAACAGCCUUGGGGGGUCGGUCACGAACUCACUAAUGGUGACUAUGUUGUUUAUGAGCUUUCUUUGAGGCUCUCCUCAUGAAAGUCUUACUCUAACGACGACAAUUGUGUCUUCUCCUUCGUGUUUCGGCGAUGGUUUUUGAGCUUUUCUCGAAUCAAUUUCGUGGUCGUGAGUGUUGGGAUUGUGAAAACUGAAUCUAGUAGGCGGGGGUUGGAGACAAUUCUUUGACCUUCGUUGAAUUUCAGCUUUUUUCUGGGGGAGAUGCAUUCGGGUUUCUACGUUGGGAGAGUUUUUUUCGUCGCGACGGGAUUUUGUCCUAGCGUGAUAUUGUUCGUUUUGUAAGGCUUUGUGCACAUUUAGGAGAAAUUAUCUCGCCAUCGUUUUUGCCUCUGUCUGGUUUGACGAUCUGGUGCGGGUUGAGAGCAGAUUGUGAAUUAGAGAUAGUUUAUGUGUGUGGAGUGACACAUGUUGGUGUUGAGAGUUGGACAGAGGAGGCAUUGCCGAUGCUGCAUGAAUUACGUCAUUUCCUUCCUUUGGGUAAUCUUAGUCAUCCCUUGCGUAGCAGCGGCAUGGACUCGUCCAAGCACUGGCGGGGAUGACUUGAGAGCACGUCAAGAGCCGCUCAAUUUCGCUGAGAAAACGUUUGUGGAUGCCGUGGAUGGCCAAGAUGGGAUCCAAACGGUUUUGGUUGUCUCUAAUGAUGGGCACCCGGAUCACUUCGUAUCGGUGCAAGCAGCGGUAGAUGCAGUUCCCAUGUGGAAUUACGUGCGCUGGGUGAUCUUCAUCAAACCGGGGGUAUAUUACGGUCCUGUCAUUGUUCCAGAGGGCAAGGAUUAUAUCACAUUCUUGGGCGAGAGCGCGGAGAGUACAAUUCUAACAUUCAACAGAAAGGCUUGUGACAAGAAGCCGGAUGGGUCAGACUACACCAUCUUAGACUGUCCUACUGUGAUUGUGGAAGCUUCCAAUUUUAUUGCUAAGGGCAUCACGUUUGAAAACAGCUCUCCUAAACCAGGAGAUUUUGACUACAACUCCCAAGCACCUGCUGUACGGGUCUCUGGUGAUAAGUGUGCAUUCUAUGACUGCAUUUUCUUGGGAUGGCAAGACACCUUGUAUGCAGAUCAAGGAAAGCACUACUACAAAGAUUCUCGAAUUGAAGGGAACGUUGAUUUCAUACUUGGAUAUGCAUCAGCAGUUUUUGAGAAUUGCACAAUUCAUUCCAGAGGCGAGGGAUUCAUAACUGCGCAAAGCAGGUGGUGCGAGGAUGAUUGCCAAGAAGCUUCAAACUCGACGUUUAUAACACCCAACUCAACAUUCGUAAUAUUGAGGUCUAAUAUAACAGGGUAUGAUCCAGCAACCUACAACUCCACUGGGACAGGGCUCACGUACCUGGGUCGUCCGUGGAGAGAGUAUGCAAAGGUUGUGUUUAUUGACACAACACUGGGGGAGCACAUUGCUCCCGAGGGCUGGGUGGACUGGGUCACAGAUUCAGGACCUCUGUUUGCGCAUGACAAUGUAUAUUUCGGAGAGUUCAACAGCAGUGGCCCAGGGGCGAGUGAGUCCAGUCGCAUCGACUGGUCUCAUCAACUGACACCAGAGGAAGCUCAAGUCUACCGGGAUGUAGAAGCGUUCCUCGACACAAAAAAUUGGGUUGAACAUCCUCUUUCAGUAGAGCAGCUCAAGGGCUCUCAUCUUUUGAACGAGCAAAACUGGGCAACGCCUGCCGCCCCGCAGAGGGGUUACAGAGACAAAAAGUUUCCGCCCCGGAGAUGGAAACGGUUGGGCGCCAAGAAUGGUAUGCCUUGAGCAAUACUACUGACUCAGUACAUUUUAUGAAUCUUAUCCACUCUAGCUGUAAUGGUCAUUUUCUUUCUUGCGUACGGCAGCUCUCAAAACAAUUAAUAGCCACGAGUAGUAUUUUUCCACUGCACGCAAUUGUACAUAAGAUAGAGAAGAUGCAGCGAGAACUGGUAUGAACGUGUCAAGUCGAACACUUAGUUUGGAUGUUAUUACCUAGCUGGGUAACAUCUUAAGUUCAAAUAACCACGUAAUGUGUUUCCGCUUUUGAAUACAGUAUUGGAAUUCGAUUUCUUGACAUUUGAGCUUA